AUGUGCUUUUUAAACGGAAUGAUUUUUACGACCACCCCGCGGGGCCUCGAACAUGGCCGAAGCAUCACGGAGGCCGAGCCCCCGAAGGGGGUAGCGGUCGACCCGGGUCCCAAGAUUGCUCCUGAAGGCCUCACUCGGAUCCUCAUCCUUCCCGCUUUCCCCACCGUCUUCCAUCCGGAAAUCCCCAGCUCCAUAACCCUCCUUAGAGCCCAGAUUUUCGGAUUCAAACUCAAACUAUCCCUUAUUUCACACCCUCCAUCAACCAACUUCCGCGAAUCCAAACAACCAUAA